AUGAAGAGUUAUCUACAAAAGGUGAAGGAAUUAAAGAAUCACUUCCAAAGAUUCUCAAUUCAUCAAAUACCACGAGAAGAGAAUGGGAAAGCAGGGAGACAAAUUGAAGUGCAACAAACGAUAUUGAGUGUGGAAUGGGCAGAUCCUAUCAUCAGAUAUAUCAAGGAUGGGGUGCUACCAACAGACCGAGCAGAAGCUCGAAAGGUCAAGAUGCGGGCAGCUAGGUAUACGCUUAUCAAAGGGGUGCUCUACAAGAGAAGCUUCUCCAUGCCGUAUUUACGAUGCGUUUCUAGCGAGGAAGCUGACUACAUUUUAAGGGAGAUCCACCUAGGAGUUUGUGGAAACCAUGCUGGGGGUAGGUCACUUGCUAACAAGGCCAUCCGACUAGGAUACUAUUGGCCCACCAUGCAGAAAGAUGCACUUGACUUCGUUAAAAAGUGCGACAAGUGUCAGCGAUUUGCCAACAUCCCGAGACAACCAUCAGAGGAGAUGACUCCCAUGUCAAGACCACACCUCUUUCCCCCUUAA